CCGGGUGCGGAGGCGGCGCCCUUUUCUUCUCCGCCCCCUCGCAAGCGCGCCCCAGGCCGAGCUGCCGCGCGUCGGCUCGCGGAGGGGUGCGGCGCGGCGCGCUGGCGCGCGUGCUCGCCCCGCGCCACAAUCGCGCCACGAGGGGAGGAGGAGGAGGAGGAGGAGGAGGAUGAGGAGGAGGACGAGAGAGAGGUGGCCGACCCUGCGGCCGCCGACCGCCCGCAGGUCCCCGCACGCCGCGAGCAGCCGGGUCCACGCACGGGCCCCCACCCACCGUCGCGCCCCGCGCCGCGCGGAGCGCCGGGGGCUUCGCACGCUCGCGCCGCCCCCCAGUGGAGAAGCGCGAAGCGCGACGCGCGAGGAGGAGGAGGAGGAGGCGGAGGAUUUGUCUCUACCACCGCGCUCAGAUGUAGAUGUACACGUCGGUGCCUUUCCGCUGGAUGGAGUGAAAAUCCGCGCUGCCAAGCUACACGGCGGGAGCCCGUGAAAUGCUGGAUAGUAUGUUAU